CUCAGGGAAGAGCAGCAUCUGUUUCUCUCUCUCCAUCUCUUUUCUUUUGUGAUUUCUAUUUUUCCCGCUCAUUAUUAACAUCACAAUUUAUUUAAACAGAAGACGCGGGAACCCUUCAGCGGAAUAAUUUCGUUUCUUCAGUUCUGGGACGGUUAGUGACGGUUGGUGACGGUUACGCGCCAAACUCGCGCGCGGAUCUGAAUCAUGUGAAGCGCCGCUGACUGAACUCCGAACCGAACCGAGCAGAACCGAAAGAAAGCGGAACCCUGGAGCCAUUAAACCCCGACUCCCGGCGGACUGAUCGAGCUGAUCGGAUGGAUUGAUCAGGAGCGGUGCAGGUGCGGCAGGUACGAGCUCAUUCAUGCCGCUUCUUCAAACUGUCUUUAAUCUGAGCGCAGGAUGAGCAUGAGAGAUCUUCAGAAAGUUCUCACUCAGGUCCUGCUGCUGGUUCUCCUCCUGGGAUCUCCAGCACAAUCCAGGGGACAUCAAGUGGUGCAUCACGUGCGGACGGGCACGUGUGAGGUGGUGGCGUUACACCGAUGCUGCAAUAAGAACAAGAUUGAGGAGCGUUCGCAGACCGUCAAGUGCUCGUGUUUCCCGGGACAAGUGGCAGGAACCACCAGAGCGGCUCCGUCCUGCGUAGACGCCUCUAUAGUCCAGCAGAAGUGGUGGUGUCAGAUGCAUCCGUGUCUGGAUGGAGAGGAGUGUAAAGUCCUGCCGGAUCUGAAAGGCUGGAGCUGUGCUACAGGAAACAAGAUCAAGACCACAAAGAUCUCCUCAGAUCGGGAUCAGCUCUGGUAACCGCUGGAAACCGGAUACAGGCACAAAGAGACACUCAUCUACUGUUUCCGUCACGUCUGUAAUCGAGGAAUCAUUCGGGGCCGAGACUCACAGGUUCAGUGUUUGUGGACAAAAACACCGGAUGUGCAGUGAGACUCUUACAGCACAGUGAACUCACACUGAACGCUCAGACCUUCUCAUUAUGAACCUUGAUUGAACUGACGGAUCUGGAUCUGGACCGAUGAAGGUCACAAAGCUCCACCAAAACAUGAACUUCAUCAGGUAUCCAGACGGAUAAUGGGAAAAAAAACAGAUGAACACUUUGUUCCUGCAUUUCUUGAAGUUCUAAUAAGAAUGUUCAUAUAUGCUCCUGAAUGAAAUCAUAUCAAAGAAAACUCCAGCAGGUUUUUUUCUGCACUGCAGAUGCUUUAUCUGUGUGUAAAUGAUGCAUACGCUCAUAAUAAACCAUGAUUGUCUU